AUGCUUCACUUCAUUGAGGAUAGUUAUAAUAAAGGUCACUCCAAAAUCCUUAUGUGUCGCUUCGACGGCAGGUCCUUAGAUGAUCGUGCGGAACUCGCGGGCCGCGGUCCCCCUGCGCCCCGCGGACGCGCGGCGGUGCGCACCGACCUCCGCCGGGAGGCGCUUAACACCGAACUCCUCUCUUCACCCACACACCCCAAACCAAAGCGCCCCGCCGGCUCCGGUUCUGUUACCCAGACAGAGCAAAGCCGCGGCGGUGUGUGGUCGUGGGCCGGGCCUCCGAGUCCGGGAGGAGCCAAGCUUCAGCCCGGGCUCGGUGUGCGCCUCGUCCCGCGCCGGUGCAGUGGGUUCCUGCCCAUGGCGGAGUGUGUUUUCCCCAGUAGCAGGCAGAUAGCCCCGACACUGCUGCUGCUUGGGAAAUGGCCACCGGCAUACUUAGAAAUGAUGGAAUUAGACAUAGGAGAUGCCACUCAAGUAUACAUUGCAUUCUUGGUUUACCUGGAUCUCAUGGAGAGUAAAAGUUGGCAUGAAGUAAAUUGUGUGGGAUUGCCAGAACUACAGCUCAUCUGUCUAGUCGGUACUGAGAUAGAAGGGGAAGGGUUACAGACUGUGGUGCCUACUCCAGUCUCAGCUUCUCUCAGCCAUAACAGGAUUAGGGAAAUCCUGAAGGCAUCUCGAAAACUGCAAGGUAAUCCAGAUCUGCCGAUGUCGUUUACCUUGGCCAUAGUGGAGUCUGACUCAACAAUAGUCUAUUACAAGCUCACGGAUGGAUUUAUGCUGCCAGACCCACAGAAUAUUUCCCUGAGAAGAUGACAUCUUUGCUUGUCAAUGCCUUGUGCUCACAAAAGAUUGGAUUUGAGACCCAUCAGCCUGCUCUAGUUUUUAUCUCAAGAUAAUCAGGGUAAAUAUAGCUUGUCCAUCUCAUACGUUUUCUUUCUGGAAAAAAUUCUCCCAGAUAAAAGAAUCUGUAUUGUCAGAAACAAAGAGUAGUUGCGGUAGAGUGUUCUUACUGGGGAUAGUCUGCAUUUGUAUGCAAGAUAUGGCAGAUUGUAUCAAGAGGAGACAAUUCAUGUGCUGCCUCUGUCAUCACAUGCAUAGCUGACCCCGUGAGCUUAUUGAAGUUGCCUCCUCUUUCCUUUCUUCAGCCCUUCCUUGCCUUUUAAUCAUUUCAGCCAGCUUGGAUUGGCACUUACAUGGCUUUAGACACCUGAAGAAUUUACUGGUAUCUGCUUUCAUUCUCAGUAGACACUGAAGGAUAAUCUCUGUUUGAAUCUUUUUUCUGUUGCACUUUCCUCUUCAAUUGACCUUAGAUCAGAACUGAAAAUACACUCCUCAAGAGUGUAAAUGUACAUGCAUGGAUUAGUCAGGACUUCUGAUUGCUACCUACAGGAACACUGGGAUUUUGUCCCACCACCCUUAUUAUAUCAUAGCUACUCUACUGCACGAGAUAGAGAAGAGAGUGUCAGCCCUAAAAACGUCUUUAUUAACUAGACCCAGUCAUUCCAUUUUUCUUAAUCCUCCAAUUACGUUGUACAAAGUAUGAAAAUUAUAUGCUCAAACAUUCUCCAACUAGCAUUACUUUUAAUAGUCCAAAUUGUGAGCCACUUCAAAGAUUAGGUCAGGAAUUUACACGCUUCCUUAAAGGGCCUUGCAAGCCAGACUAUCUGUCCUAAUUGCCCAACAUUGCUGUUUGUAGCAUGAAAACAUCCAUAGACAAUGUCAACAAUGAGUCAGGCCGUGCUAUAGUAAAUUAAAGCUUUAUUUACACAUGUGGGUCAUCACUUACCAUCUCCUACUCUAAGUAGUUAAUAAACCCAUCUCUGGGUAGUACCUUGAAUAGUCAUUAAAAAUGAGGAGUGUAUAUUAUGACAAACAUGAGAAAAUGUUACAGUGAAAACACUGCAAACUAUGAAACUGUGAGUGAAUGUGAACAUGGCUGCAAAUAGCCCCAGCAUGUAACAAGAGGAUGAUAAAGCAAGAUUAUUACCUGUGGUUGUAGUAGCAAGUGUGGCAGGGUAAAUGAACAGGUGGCUUUCCUUCUCCAACAUUUCAGUGUUUAUUUGUAUUACUUUUCUAAUAAAAUGUUACAAAAUAAAAA